CUUUAAAAUAUGACAAUACAGUUGAGACAUUGUCUUCCUUCCAGUGAGGCUCAAAGUCUCUUGACAUCUGAUUCAUUGCUAAUCCUUAAGAUGUCCCCAUAAAAUAAGAAGGAUGGAUAGUAUUAUCUUUAUUUAGUGGUGGUCAGUGAGGUUCAGUCUGUUAGGUCAGGGUUACUCUGCAGCAAGUCUGAACUGACUUAGGGCAGGAUAACUCAGUUCUGGAUUCUUGCAAGUACUUUGGUCUUUUAGAAAGAAAAAUGCUACAUAUUUUGUGCUUUUGAUUCUUCUUAACUUCUCUUGCCAUAGAGACAGAUGGGUUUUCAGGGAAAAGCCAUUUUUCCUUUAAGAGGGACAGGAAACGUGUGUUGAUUUGCGGAUGUAAGAAUCACUUAGUGGCCUGACCCAGGCUACUGAGUUAGAACAUAUUAGGACAGUUUACUUAUUGAUUCUGAUUUUCUUUCUCAUUUCUCAGCUAGGCUCCUUGUUGAAAUUUGAGGACGGAGGUACCUUUUCAGAGAGCCUGGCUGGACUAAAGUUAAAGACUAGAAGCCUGUGUGACUGCCGCAAGAACGUGGAUGAUGGCUGCGGAGGUACCGAGAGUAACCACUCCCCUGAGUCCCUUGGUCCAGGUACCUCAAGAGGAAGAUGAGCAGGAGGAGGAAGAGGAGGAGGUCACCACCAUGAUCCUGGAGGACGACUCUUGGGUACAGGAAGCUGUGCUGCAGGAGGAUGGCCCUGAGUCCGAGCCCUUUCCUCAGAGUGCUGGCAAGGGCAGCCCCUGCGAGGAGGCAGCUGGAGGGCCACAGGGUGCACUCGGCCGCCUUCGAGAGCUCUGUCGGCGCUGGCUGAGGCCAGAGGUACACACCAAGGAGCAGAUGCUGACGGUGAUGCCAAGGGAAAUUCAGGCCUGGCUGCAAGAGCAUAGGCCCGAAAGCAGCGAGGAGGCAGUGGCCCUGGUGGAAGACUUGACCCAGACCCUUCGGGACAGUGAUUUUGAAAUCCAGAGUGAAAAUGGGGAGAACUCUAAUCAAGACAUAUUUGAGGACGUGGAGUCACAUGAGAUCUUCUCAGAAAUGCAUGAAGGGGAAGGCAUUCAGCAAUCUGAUUGGGAAAGUGACUUUGAGAGAGACUGUGGCUCCAGGAGGCCCCAGGGAAAUGCCUCAAGUGAGGACCAUGGGGAUGUGCCAUCACAGGGCAGGGACGCUGGACAGCUCAUAGGCCUCCAGGGCACCUACCUGGGAGAGAAGCCCUAUGAAUGUCCCCAGUGCGGGAAAACCUUCAGCCGGAAAUCCCACCUAAUCACACAUGAGCGGACCCACACAGGAGAGAAAUACUACAAGUGUGACGAGUGUGGAAAAAGCUUUAGUGAUGGUUCAAACUUUAGUAGACACCAAACGACUCACACUGGGGAGAAACCUUAUAAAUGCAGGGAUUGUGGGAAAAGCUUUAGCCGGAGCGCAAACCUCAUAACCCAUCAGAGGAUCCACACAGGCGAGAAACCCUUUCAGUGUGCUGAGUGUGGCAAGAGUUUCAGCAGGAGCCCCAAUCUCAUCGCUCACCAGCGAACCCACACAGGAGAGAAGCCAUACUCAUGCCCUGAGUGUGGCAAGAGCUUCGGCAACCGGUCCAGCCUUAAUACACACCAGGGAAUCCACACUGGAGAAAAGCCCUACGAAUGUAAAGAAUGUGGUGAAAGCUUUAGUUACAACUCUAACCUGAUCAGACACCAGAGGAUCCACACAGGGGAGAAACCAUACAAAUGUCCUGACUGUGGGCAGAGGUUCAGUCAGAGCUCAGCCCUAAUCACCCACCGGAGAACUCACACAGGCGAGAAACCCUAUCAGUGCGGUGAGUGUGGGAAAAGCUUCAGUCGCAGCUCCAAUCUGGCCACACACCGCAGAACCCACCUGGUGGAGAAGCCCUAUAAAUGUGGGGAGUGUGGGAAGAGCUUCAGCCAGAGCUCCAGCCUGAUCGCGCACCAGGGGAUGCACACGGGUGAAAAGCCCUACGAGUGCUUGACUUGCGGGGAGAGCUUCAGCUGGAGCUCCAACCUCAUCAAACACCAGAGGAUUCACACGGGGGAGAAACCCUACAAAUGUGGAGACUGUGGGAAGUGCUUCAGCCAGCGCUCCCAGCUGGUGGUACACCAGCGGACCCACACGGGCGAGAAGCCCUAUGAAUGCCUCAUGUGUGGCAAGAGCUUCAGCCGGGGCUCCAUCCUAGUCAUGCACCAGAGAGCCCACUUGGGGGACAAGCCCUACAGGUGCCCCGAAUGUGGGAAGGGCUUUAGCUGGAAUUCAGUUCUCAUUAUACACCAGCGAAUCCACACAGGGGAAAAGCCCUACAAAUGCCCUGAGUGUGGCAAAGGCUUCAGCAACAGCUCCAAUUUCAUUACACAUCAGAGAACUCAUAUGAAGGACAAGCUUUAUUGAGGAAAAGUGAGGGGGCUGGCCUAGGAGAGGGAAUUGUCAACUGCCCUCAAGUAGGAAUGACUCAUUAGAAGAGCCACUCUUCCUGAUUGGUUUUGGGGGAUUUGUGCCAGAAUCUCACCACUGCUCAUCCUCAUUUCCAGGAUCCCAUCAUCUUAGUGGUCGGAGCCAAAGCCCAAGAACAGUGUAGGACUGGAAGGUCGGAAAGCUGGGUCUCUUUCUGUUGUUUCAUGGCUUGACUGGUUCUCUCUCUCUGAUCCCUCUGUGCCCCAGUUUCCUCUGGUAGAACGGGGGAGUGUUUCUCCGUGUGGAACGCAGACAGCAUGGCCCACAUCCUGCGGAGUCCUCAGAGAAAUCUGGAGAUCUAUUGGUGCAGCCUGGUGGUUAUGCUGCCACUUUGCUGGGCUGAGGUGCCUUCGGCCCAAGCUACUAGCAUUCCAGGCCCCUUGCUCAUGUCAGUAUCAGCUCUUCCUGGCUCUGCCCUGGGCUUAGAUUUCAGGUCAGAGUGGAGAGAUGUCUCUCGUUCUGAGUUACCACAUGAAGGUAAAGUCCCUCUCUCUUUCUAGAAAGUGUCAAGAACACUGAAACACAGAGCUAUGACCUGGUACCAGUGUCCCAGUAGCCUUUCCACUGAGAGGAGUUGACAGGGCCUGCCAGGGAAGGUGUAAUAGGAAAUUUACAUGUCUGCUUUGUCUCUGCUGUUGUCCUGUGGUGAGUCAGCUGCCAGGCGGAAUGCACUAGUUUUUGUGAGGCUUCCUUUUUGUGUGUGAAGGCGGAGACCCCCAGCUGUCUACCCUGGUGGAUGGCGGUUUCUCUCUCAUCGGGGUUUAGUGAAGUAGUCUUGCACUCUGCAGGGUGGGCUUGUGUCUUUACCCCACAGACACAAAGUUCCAUAAUCAUUACUCUGCACUUUUCAGUUCUUCAUUAUGUUUUUGAUUUUGUACAUGCAGAACUAGAAUUCUGUCCAGUAGCUUUUGUAUACUAAGAAUGUUAUUUUUAAGGGAGUAUUGGUUUUGAGGACACAUCAUCUGUCCUCUGGAGGGGUCUGGGCUUGAAUCAAGAGUUGUCCUACAAAGGUUGCCCUUGCUUUAAGGGUGCUACCAGGGCUUUGUUCUUGGGUCCUUGAGCUUUGAAGCAGUAAAGAUGGGGUGAUAGCAGGUGAAGGGGUUUAUUAUGAGAAAAAGAGAAUAGAUAAGGUGUUUCUGCGUAAUGUGAAACCUCCUCCUCCUGUGCAUGGGGCCUUCGCUCAGAAUGGGCCUUGGUUCUUAUAGGAUGGAUGCUGAAUGUUGCCUAAUAAAGUAGAGUCCUAUUCUUUCCCUGACUCUGUCUUUAAAUGUGUGUUAAAAAACCUGAACUGGACUGUUGUUAGCAAACCCACCAUCCCACCUCCUGCCUCUGACUGAAAAUGGUCCAGGACCUUCAGGGAGUAAAAAUCAGUUGCUUCAAAGAGCACACCUUUGGGUGAACCUAGAUCUGUAUGCUUGACCAGUGCACACACCUUUCCAGUGUCCUUUGCCAACUCUACAUCCAGUCUGCCAACCAAGACUUGGAGUGGCAGCUUUGGCUAAGGAGCCGGGUGGCCUGAAUCAUUUCUAUCCAGAAUCAACUAAUAUAGACACAAGGUUUCUGACCUAGACAGUGACCAUUGUUAAACCAAACCACAUUGGCUGUGAAAUCCCCAUCAUUAAUUCUAUCACCGUGCUAGGUUGUGAACAGGAAGUCCCAUGGCCUGUCUUCAUAAAGUUUUACUAGAAGAAAGAUUCCCACCACUUCUUCCAUGAGACCUUCCCUGCAAUUUUCUGGCAGGCCUGACCCUGCCUAUAACCCCUACCCUCUCCAACAUCAGUGCCUGUGACUCUGUUACACAUCUCUCUUUCUCUUUUCCCCCGCAAUUUUUCAAAAUUGAUUUUAGAGAGAGAAAAACAUCAAUUUGUCAUUCCACUUAUUCAUGCACUGAGGUCCCAAACUCUGUCUCCAGCACCCAGCUCAGGGCCUGGGAUACCACAGUAACUCAGUAAACUUUUGCCAACUCAGUUCUCUUCAGGGAGAUAUAUAUAAAAUGCAGAGGCAGGUGGAGUCUGAAAUUCUGACUUGGAAAAUGGAUUAGGUUUCCUACACUCUCCUUUGGUAAGACGAUACACGUAAGUUAGUUUUAACUUCAGUGCCUUCUCACCUAAGUUGUGAUCUGCUUUUGGUGAGUGGAGACAAAGCUGAAGACAUUUAUUAAAACCAACCAACCAGUAUCCUAAUGAAACAACAUACAGUAUAUUGAAAUAUCACAGAUCAUCAAAAGCUAGUGAAAAACCAGUGGUGUGGAUAGAAUCUUGGGAGCUGGACAGACCUGGUUCUAGACAUACUUGUGCCACUAACCACACAUUGUCAUUCUCUUUUUUAAAAAUAGGUUUUCAUUGAUUUUUUUAGAGGAAGGGGGAGAGAGAUAGAAAC